AAAAAUUAUUUAGCUCCGGCAGCAGCUCCGCCACAGCCAGCAGCUCAGUCUCAGCAAGCUGAUGACACCAUGGAUGUGAGCACAGCGCAAGUGGAUAAUCUGGACGAAUUAAUCAAUAAUCCGGAACUUUUGCAACAAAUCAUUGACGAUCUGCCAGGUGGUGAAAAGAAAGAAGAUGAAGGGAAACCAAAGAGCGAAGAUAAGUGA